AAACUAUGCGCAUCAAACAUUCCCUCAGUCUUCAUACAUUUACUCGAAUCUCCGCUCGCUGUCAACGCUUCCAUUGAUCUCUCCCCCCUUUACGAAGCAGAGCACUUCCUGUUAAGCUCGAUUUUGACCGAAUUGUUUCGUACGUGUCUCUGGACAUGGCGUAAUCUCACUCGUUUAUCAAUCUCGCUAGUAGUCUCACAUAGCACGCGAUCUCAGAAUGUUGACUUGCAUAGCUCGAUCAAGGCAGCUUCGCAGCGAAUCUCUCCCAAAAGCCGAAGAAGAAGAAGAUGUCGGCGUCGCUAGUACUCUCGGAACCAGACAAGCCAUCAAAUCCCUCACUUCCCAGAUUAAAGAGAUGGCGCUCAAAGCUUCUGGUGCGUAUAAGCAUUGCAAGCCGGGUUCCGGUAGGCCAAACAAUAAUCAUAACAGAAAUUGCCCCGAUUCGGAAUCCGAGUCGGUUCUGGAGAGGUUUCGUUGUGGAUAUAGAAGGGCGGGGAAUCCGGAUUCAACCCCAAUCUUAAGGGGAAACGGACUUCAUGGAGUGUUUUCGAGCGAUGGAGGAACGCCGGAAUCGGCGAGUGGUCGAAGUGACUCGCCCGUGGGGUUCAUGGAAGAAGACGGCUGCGUGGAGUGGGUGGCACAGGUUGAACCUGGAGUACUCAUCACCUUUGUUUCUUUGCCUAAUCGAGGUGGUAAUGACCUGAAGCGAAUAAGAUUCAGUUGCGAAAUGUUUAACAAGUGUCAAGCCCAACAAUGGUGGACCAACAACUAUGACAAGGUCAUGGAAUUGUACAAUGUCCAGAGGCUCAUUCCCCAGGCUGCCCCCUUACCAAUUCCACCAUGGUCUCAGGAUGAGAUCUCAAAAGUGGAAUCGAGUGAGGACGGCCUUGUGAUCCCUCCUAUAAGCAAGGAGCUCCUGUCCGGUCACUCUCAUAGCCCGAGGGCAGUCGGGGAUUACGCUGCCUCCUCUUCAUCAAAAGAUUUUUCCAGGGAGAUUGGUCAGUCCGAUGAGCCGUCGGUCAGCAAUGCAAGUGAAAUGGAGACGGAAUGGGUUGAGGAAGACGAGCCAGGAGUGUAUAUUACAAUCCGAGCCUUGCCUGGUGGCCCUCGAGAGCUUAAAAGAAUUAGAUUCAGCCGAGAAAGGUUCGGAGAAAUAGAGGCGAGGUUGUGGUUGGAAGAAAACAGAUCCCGGAUCCAACGGCGAUAUUUGUGAUUGUGUACGUACAGCAUGUCACUCAGGCCCAGUUCGUCGUUAUGCUCAUGCCACCAAAAUGAUGGAGCUCGGCGGUUCAAAUUUCAUUCGUCUGCUGGCUUUCAAAGUAGUAUCCUCCAAAUAUAAUGAUCUUGUAAAUAUAGAUGGAUAUGGAUAAUGGAUACCUUUUGGAUGUAUUAGAAAUGUAGUAUGCUCUAAAUUAAUCGGAGGUGCAUUUAGUUGGAUUUGUUGAGUAUGACAUACUUUGUUUUAGAUCCCUGUAAAAUAAAUUUUUUGCUUUUCUAUUUUGUUUUUAGUUCUAUUCUAAUUCUGAA